UACCUCCAACUCAAAUUUGUCCACUGAGUUGGGUGUAUUCAGUUGUCAAAAUUCAAUCGACGGCUAUCUGUAGGUAUCUACAACUUCUCAGAUCAGGACAUGGAGGCGGCUCCCUCCAAUCCUACUCAUAAUAUCAUCUCCACCGCCCCUUCCUCCGUUGCGACCCACCGGAAUCCGCUAAGAGUUGACUGGCCGACAGUAGACGGACCACUGGGUCUCUCGGAGCAGGAGUCCGUCGAUCACGCGCGUAGAUUCUUCAAGUUCGGAUUUUUACUUCUUCCUUGGCUUUGGGCUGUCAAUUGCUUAUACUUUUGGCCUGUUCUUCGCCGUCCUAGCUCUUAUUAUCAUCCAGAUCUCCGCCGAUAUGUUGUCAGGUCAGCAAUUGGUUUCACGGUAUUUGCUGUUAUCCUCUCAAGUUGGGCUCUUACCUUUUCCGUUGGAGGAGAGCAUCUAUUUGGUCAUGUGUGGGACAAGCUAGUAAUGUACAACGUUGCUGAGAAAUAUGGGUUGACGGGGUGGAUUUAGGUACUUAUCGCAUUCAUUUGUGGUCAAACCCCGUAGACACAAGAUUUGUAUAUAUACUUCCUUGAAAAAGACUGGAAUAUCUCAGUUAGACAGUUACGAUGAUUCUAUUAAGUAGUGAAGAAACCAGGGAAGAUAUGCACCUUUUGAACUCAAUUGUAUGCAAAACCCAAAGGUAACAUUGCAGGCUGUAGCUUGGAACUUGUCAUUUUGCUCUCUCUCUCACACAGACACAAAGAUGAUUGUGAAAUUAUUUCUAAUUUGAUUUUUCACGAUAGGUAACAUCACCCGUUUUUACUGAA